UGUUAAUUUGAUGUUGAGUUGAAAAAUUAAUCACAAUUAUCUUGAUUUAAUUACGAUUGAUACAUUGAUUUUUUUCCCAUAAUUGUUUCCUUAAUUGUCUACAGUGUUAACCCAUUACCAAGGACAUUUGUUUGAUUGAUUGUUUAUGUAGUUCCAUCAAAUUUGGUCCAUUUUCAUGUUACCUCAAAUUGCCAUCUUACUUUAAUCAUUUCAAUUGUUAACUCUUUUUAUUUAAAUCUAAAAAAUUAACACAAUUAACUGUGAUUAUUUGAUUAUUUUCUGUCACCAUAACAAUCUAAGUGUCUGAUAGUAUUCGGUGAAUCUAAUUGGAACAAUUUAAAGACAAACGUAGUACAAAUUUCUCCAGUCAAACCUUAACCGUUGAAAGCAUUUUCUUUUUUUUUCUGUUUUUGUUUUUUUUCAAUUCUCUUUGUUAACAUAAUCUAAACACACCCCGAGGUUAUUUUCCCGUUGAUGGAUCAGUGAUUAUUCAGUUGAUUUAAUAUACAGAUAAUUGUUCUUAAUUUGGAUCGUUGAUUUGAUGUGAUAAAACUUGUUACCUGUUGGAUUUUCGUCUCACCUUAAACUAGACUCUUGAUACUUUUACCAUUGAUAAUCUUGUCAAAGUUUAACCAAUCAUGAAGAUGUCAAAGAAAACAAUUAAUCAAAGAAAUGGUUUAAUCAACGAACUCAUGGAAAAAUGUCUCCUAUUCUCGACAAGGAAUGAAACAAUUCAUGAUGCCUUGAUUACAGAAUUUAACGAAUUAAAUUUGAUUGCAACAAACAUCCAACAAAUUGAAUCGGGUUUAUUUGUGCCCCACCGGAGAGAUGAUCAUUUAAAAGACUUCAUCUCUUGGCUCUCAUCCAAUGACUGUUCUCAUGAAGAUAUUGACAUAACUUGUGUGGAUAAAACAACAAACGAAUAUGGAUUAAUUGCUAAAAAGCCAAUUCCUGAAGAUGAAUUGACUCUUUCAAUUCCCAAGAAAAUCAUGAUGACCACUGAAAGCGCUUUAAUUGACCCUUGUCUUGCAACUGUGGCCUCAGAAGAUUCUCUACUCAAAUCGAUGCCAAAUGUAUUGUUAUCUUUUCACCUGAUGGUUGAAUAUUGUCGCAAAGACUCAUUCUGGAAACCUUAUAUCUUAUUCUGUCCAUCGAUAUACUUGACCCCACUUUAUUAUACCAAAGACGAUAUAAUUUUAUUGAAAGGUUCACCCGCUUUGGUUGAUGCCGUUAAACUUAUUCGCAAUAUAUAUCGACAGUAUGCCUAUUUUUGGAAAAAAAUUACCACCAAGAAUUCAGCUUUCAGUAAAAUUGAUUCACUACGAGGACUUUUCUGUCUUGACCUUUACCGUUGGGCAACGGCCACUGUGAUGACCCGUCAAAAUCAGAUUCCAGUGUUACCUCCGUCAGUUACCGCACCCGAUUCCCGAUUUAAUCCUUCAAAUUUAACAGCACUCAUCCCAAUGUGGGAUUUAUGUAAUCAUAGUGAUGGAAAAUUUUCAACUGAUUAUGAUCCAAGCGAAUCUAAAUUACUUUGUUAUUCAAUGAAAAGCUUUGCCGUUAACGAAGAGAUUAACAUUUUCUAUGGUAAACGGACGAAUGCUGAAUUUCUCAUCAACAAUGGUUUUAUUCCAGUUGACAAUCGAUACGAUUUUCUGUCCAUUCGAUUAGGAUUAAGUCAAGUUGACCCUCUGUACGAGCUUCGCUCGAGACUUUGCUCUAAAAUGGGCCUACAAACCUCAGGCUAUUUCGCUUUGCACCAUAAAUCCGUUGGAUUGGAUGAAGAUCUACUUAAUUACGUAAAAAUUUUUCUCAUGGACAAAACAGUUCUGGAUAAAAAGCUCCUCGAAAGUGACACUUGUCCAACCAAAUCUUUUAACGAUCUACCUGAAGAUCUGACCACUAAAGCCAUUAAUUUUAUCGCAAUCAGAUGCCAAUUACUACUUAAAAGUUAUCCAACUCUGGACAAAGAAAAAACUUAUCUCUUUGUGGUCAACAAAUUACCAAAUUAAUUGAAUGUGAAAAAAAUAUUCUGUCAUCACAUGUAAUCGUGAAAUCGACAACUGAAAAAUCAGAAUAAUUUGUUUUUAUAAUUAAUACACUUAAUUGUCAUGAGAACCAUGUUGUUGGUGGUAAUCUACAGAUUUAACCUUAUCCUUUGAAUUUCUAGGACAAUCAAAACCAAUGUCAUCAAUCAACAAGCCAGAUUUCAGGCUAACCUUGAUAAUCAUGAUAAUUUAAUCAAAUUCAUUGAUCUGAAAUGAUUAUAACUCAUUAAAAAUCAACACAAUAGUAAACAAAUCACAACCUUGUCCUCAACAUUAAUCAGAUGAAAAACAAUUUAACCUUUAAUCUUGUUUUGAUUUAUUAAAAGACUUGAUUUCAAUAAAAUUCUGAUUGGAAAUUAAAGUAACUUUUAUGGUUAACAA